AUGAGAAUUUACAAAGAUAUUUUUACCGGAGAUGAGUUGUUCUCAGACACAUUCAAAAUUAAGUUGGUUGAUGAUGUCCUUUAUGAAGUGUACGGCAAGUUUAUUACGAGGAAGCAAGGCGAUAUCCAUAUCGACGGUGCCAACCCCUCAGCUGAAGAAGCCACUGAAAGUACCGACGAAGCAUGUGUAUCUGGUGUUGAUAUUGUGUUGAACCACGGAUUAGUUGAAUCUUAUGCUUUUGGAGACAAAAAAUCAUACACUCUUUAUCUUAAGGAUUACAUGAAGAAGUAA